AAAAAACUAAACAUGGAGCCAUCGUCAAUAUUUAUUUUUAAAAGAGUUGAAAAUAAGAAAGAUAGUUCAACAGUGUAUAGAACAAAUUUUAUGAGUGAAAGUGACGCUCUUAAAUGGUUAGAUGAGUAUUCAAAAAAAACAAAUACAAAUUGGAUUGUUAGGAAUGGAGUUUACAAUCCCCAAAGAUUAGUAUUUCAUAAGCAUUUUGUUUGCCAACACUCUGUAAGAAACAAAACAGGACAGGAUUCUAAAAGAAAUAGUGGGUGUAUAUCAAGUAUUGAUAUUAAAAUUAAAAAGUGUAACAAAGCAACACGAAAGAAUGACGUAUUUUUAAAAGGAGACUCACCUUUCCCAGGGAUUGUUAAGAUGAAUAUUACACAUAAUCAUGCAGUCGAUACUUGCGAAUCCUUAAAAUUUUUAAGAAUGGAUGAUGAAAUUAAAAAACAGUACAUAAGAUAUUUUGAAGAUGGAUUGGGAGUUAGUGAAAGUAUUAAACAACAUCAGAAUAUAACUCUUUUAAACAAUGUACCUAAUUUGCCAGAAGUGACAGCUAAUGCUCGAAUAAAUCCAACAUAUAAUAUGGUCAAACAACUAUUCAAUAAAUGGAGAAAAGGAGGUUUUGGUGGUGUAAUGGAUAAUGUAGCAAAAAUAAAUGAUAACAUUUUAUAUGUCAAACAAGGAAGUUCAACCAUGGAAGAUCUGUUAGUACCUGAAGUUUGUCUCAGCAUUAGUGAAACAAGCACUAUUUUGUGCAAUGAUGGUGCAAAUAAGGAAAAUAGUAAUGAAGUUAUUAACGUGACAGACACUGUUUGGAACGAUGAUGGUGCAAAUAAGGAAAGAAGUAAUGAAGUUAUUAACGUGAUUGACACUGUUUCGAACCAGGAUGGUGCAAAUAAGGAAAAUAGUAAUGAAGUUAUAAACGUGACUGAUCCUGUUUUGAACGAUGAUGAUGCAAAUAAGGAAAAUAGUAAUGAAGUUAUUAACGUGUCUGACAGUUCAAAAAGUGAAAAUUCUGAUGAAAUUGCAGCUCCAAAGAUUCCAAUAGAUUGCUUUAAAGAACUCGAAAAUAUAAUAUCUGCUACAAUUCCAGAAGAAUAUUCUCUCGAGGAGUUGGCACAUUAUCAAGAACUUUUUCGUGAAGCUCAGCCAGGCAUUCAGUUUUAUCGUGUGCACUGUACGGCCUGUCAAGAACAUUUGGGUACAGCACCUGUUAAUCAGAACAAAAGAUAUAUACAUCCCCUUUUAAAAGUGAUAUUGUGUAAACAUUGCUAUGACUUUUACUGUAGUGGAGAAUUUGAAAAAGAUGAAGAUGGUAGCGAACUUUAUUGUCGUUGGUGUGGUGAAGGAGGAAAUGUACUUUGCUGUGCUGCUUGCCCAUAUGUAUUCUGUAAAAAAUGCAUUUGGAAAAAUUUGGGUAGGAAGAAGUUGGAAGAAGUCAAAGAGAGUGAUGAUUGGUUGUGUUUUGUAUGUGUUCCAUCGCAAAUGAUUAGCCUGAGAGUAAUGACCAGAGCACUUUAUGAAUAUACUUUAUCUGAAAUUAAAUGUGCUAAAUUGGCGAAUGAUCCUGAAAGAUUAAGGAAAGAUGAGGGCAUAUGCUGUCAACGUAAACCAAAACCUGUACCGGCGAAACGAAAAAGAACUUCAUCUAAUGAUCUGCCAUAUGAUCCUUAUUUAGAUAAUACUGGAUUUGAAGUAAAAAGAAAAGUGCGACAACCAGUUUUUAUAAAACCAAAACCAGAAACAGAAUCAAGUAAUAAAGGAGAAGUAUUUUUGAACACCCAAGUGGAGGAUGAAGUGGUGUGCACACCCGAUGUGUUUCUCUUCAUGGAAGAUGAAGAAUGCGAAACAACAACAGCAAACGCACCAUCUGUUCCUGUUAAGCAGCCACCCCCAUUGAUACCAGCCCCUCGAAUAAUGCCAAUUUUAGAUGACGUCACGAUAACGAAAAAGGCUAAUACUUAUCAAUUACCAAAACCCCAGCAACAAAUGCUGCCAGAUGUGACUCUCAUUCAGCCCCGGACUGGCACUACAUCUCCUGAAACAAAAAAUAAAGUUGUGAAGCCCAUGAUUAAGUUUUCAAAUACGACGUUAGGCAAUGGACAUUCUGUCGUAACUGUGACGCAUAAUUUAAAAAAGACAAAACAAACAACACAACUUUUACCUGGUUUGAAACAUGAGUGGUUUGAGCGUGCCACUCAAUUAUCGAAGCGGGUUAAUUAUACCCUUUCAUCACGACUAGAAUCUUUAGCGGUAGAACAGAACACUGCCCUUACCCUCGAAGAACUCGCUAACGUGCAUAAUAAACUACAAGAGGUAUUGAGUAAUUCAAUCAAUUCUCUGAUACAAGUUCGAAAGAAUCUGCGCAGUGAGUUCUUAGAUGGUUUAACUAAAUUGAAGUUUUCAACUACUAUUACACCAUCUACUUCAUUGUCUGAAGAUGACGACGAUGUCAUUUGUGUGGACGAUAACGAAAAACAACAGAAGCAACCCUUGAAUAAUCAACCGCCUCCUGUAACUGAAAAUAAGCCACGGGCGGGUGCUUUUAUUAAAGUUAGACCUCUUGCGACUUUAAUUAAUCCGGAAGCUCCCAUUGAAAUAAUAGAUGACAUUGAAAAGACUGUGUUAAGUACUAUGGAUAAAGCAAAAACUGCAGAAGACACUCGGAAAAUUACCGAAGUUGCUACAAAUGAGACAAAAGAUAAAAAUGAAGAAAACGAAUCUAAUAAAAAAGAACCUAACAAAGAAGAAUCUAAUAAAGAAGAACCUAAGAAAGAAGAACAUAACAAAGCAAGUCCAAAUAACGAAAUUGUGCAGCAGAAAGAUGAAUUAAAGGAUGUGGAUGAGAAUUUGAAUCCCGAAGUUCUUAAGCAAAUUCAGGAUGCAAUAGAGCAAAGUAAAUUAGAAAAAAUGCUACAUGACACCGUUCGCGCUGAUAUUCCAACGGAAGAGUUGAAGAGAUUUUUGUCAGUGAAAGUGAUAUUGAAGAGAUUACCAUUGGAAAUGUUGAUGGCUAAACGAGCACAAAUUCUCGCCAAAAAAGAAAACAAAGUCAAAAGGAUUAUUGAGCAAAAACCGAUAGAAGACGAAAUGCAAGAUAUUGAACAACUUCUUGAGACGAAUGUUGUUGCUAAAGCACCGGCGAAAUUUUCUCCCGAAAACCAUCCAGCUGAAGAGACAAAUGAAAUUGAAGAGGAGGAGGAUUCUACUGAAGACGAAGAUCCAGACUGGUACGAUAAAAUUGAAACAAGAGAAAAAAUGAAAGGAGAAGAAAAUUCAAAUGAUCCACAAACUGUCGAUUCAGGAAUUGAUGUGGAAUGUGAUAGAGUACAUACGAUAAGUAGGACAGAAGAAAAGGAUGAAGAAGAUGAUGAUAAGGAAGAUAACGCAAUGUCGUCAUCUACGUCGAAGGAUAACGAUUUUCGGAUGAGAUUCGCGUCACAGGUCGAAUGUGACGCAUAAUUCCUUAUAUAUUAAUUAUUAGAACAUUUACGGAUGUUGUUGUUUCAUUUCUGUUAGUUCCUUUUUUAAUCGAUCAAACGAGAUUAUCGUAGUUUCAAAAUGUGUAUUAAAUUAUUUGAUGACUUAAUAAGAAAUCCCUUUAUAGUCUAAUCUGCCCCAGUACAUGUACACGUCUUUAAUUUAGUGGAAUUAUUAUUCAAUAUGCAAUAUUGUACAUCAGUAAAGUAUGUUUUAUA